AUGAUUCGUGGUGGCAGAAUGUGAGUGGACUCAAGGGCCACAUCACUGAUAGGAGUGAUAAAUGGGUUAUAACGCUGAAACACAAAAUGGUUGAUCGUAAAAGGGAAAAUGCUUCAUGAGUUAGAAACCUGGAGAGGAGAGGAAAGGGGGCUUUGGUAGAGUUGUUUGCAGUACUUUAGCUCCCCCAAGUGAACGAGAGCAGAUUACAGGUCUUCAUAACUUCCAUGUUAUAACCUAGCCUAGGGUAAAGGUAAAGCAUGGUCAAGCAGGUACUAAGGACAUCUUUCAAUGACAUUGGAAUAUCAUGGCAUUUGUCUUGAAUGAUGCAUCAUCUACAUGCGUACAUUGUCCACUGGUCAGAAGGCACCUGAAUGAUAUAUCAUGGAAAGCGGGCAGGCGCCUGAUUGGCUGAGAGAUGACGGAAGUGGAGCUGAUGCUGGACUUUGCCUCAUCUGGCCGCUCCGGCCGUCGCAACGCCCUCCCCGACAUACUGGGCUCGCCAGCGGGGGUCAACCCCACAGACCUGCCACUCAAACUGGCACAGCUGUCUGUCACGGAUGGACCUGGAGGGGCUCAGUCCCCCAGUUCGGAGGAGCCCCCCAUCCCCAAUGACAGCAGUGUUGCCCAGCAGGGUCCAUAGACCUCCUCAGUACCCAGUGAAUCCCACCACCCACCCAGACUCCAGAUUCCCUAUGGUACCACCCCUGGCAACCAGUGGCAAGGAAAAGGAUCGCUGGGAAGACCGAUGCCUGAGCUCUGUCCAAAUAGCGUCAUGUAGUUCACACAUGUGUAUGUGAGUGUGUGUGUGUGUGUGUGUGUGUGUGUGUGUGUGUGUGUGUGUGUGUGUGUGUGUGUGUGUGUGUGUGUGUGUGUGUGUGUGUGUGUGUGUGUGUGUGUGUGUGUGUGUGAGAGAGAGAAAGAGACAGAGAGAGGGAGAGAGAGAUAUACUGUGUGUGUGUGUGUGUGUGUGUGUGUGUGUGUGUGUGUGUGUGUGUGUGUGUGUGUGUGUGUGUGUGUGUGUGUGUGUGUGUGUGUGUGUGUGAGAGAGAGAGAGAGUGUGCGUGGUGUGGCGUGGCUUGGCGUGCGUGCGUGCGUGUCUGUUUGUGUGUGUGUCUGUUUGUGUGUGUUUGUGUGUACCUGUAUGUGUGUGAGGCUGUAAAUUCUACAGAGGACAAGAGGAAGACAUGCACCAUACUAAAGAGGAUAAAGGGGAAAGCGAUUUAAUCCCAAAGACAACUUUCUAUUGUGGAUCUAUGGAAGUGAAGAGAAAACCACAUUUUUUAAACUUAAAUGAAAACACACAAGGACACACCAAAUUGAGACGUAUCUGCAAUUAACAGUUUUAAUAGUUUAUAUUUAGUUCAUUUAUUUGUAAACUAUGUUACAAAUUGGAAAGCAGUAUUGCCUGGUUGAUUGCCCUCAUUACGUUUGUUCAUGAUAUUUUGGAUAUUUACUAAGCAUUUCUUGGAAAAGCGGGAAAAUGGACACAGAGUAGGCUAUCCUGACUGUUUUUUUUUUGGGGGGAGAUUGUGAACGGCCUAAGAUAUCUUUUUAGAACACUUUGAGUGCAAACCAAGCAACUUCCUCCCGUCCUUCAAUCAUCCCGUCCGAUCAAUGACAUAAAGCCUCUCGCCACGGACCGGAGGAAGGAGUUUGACUUAGCCUGGCUAUCACGAGUGCAAGUUUCUUCGAGACUAAUGGUCUGGCUGGUGAAUGCCGGGCUUACACUGUGCGAUAUUUUAAAUUGCGGGUAUUCAGUUCCUGCUCACACUGUACGAGGGAAUCAUAGUAAGGUUUAACAGUUCACAUCUUACGACUCACGUCCUCACACUAUUCGACCCGAAGGUCAGAUGCGACCCAUUGGCUCAAGGCUCGUAUUGUACAACAUGACAGG